UAUGUCGGGGUGUGUGUAUUACCGGCUCACCCGGUCACACCCUUUGUUCCUCCCUCUAUAUCUGUGAUUUCUCCUCUUUCCCCCUUCUUCUUCAUUCCUUACUCCCUCUCUUUCUCUCUCCUUAUUUCCCUUCCUUUUUAGCAGCCCAGAAACUAGAUACCUUCUAAAUCAUAAAUACAAAUUAAAAUGGAAGGCUAUAAUUAUAGAUCCAGAAAGAUGGAAGAAGAAGUAGCAAUCGAAGAGGCGGCAUCAGCUGGGGUGAAAUCCAUGGAACAUUUCUUACGCCUCUUAUCACAACCUCAACAACAACAACAUCAACAGGAAUUUGAGUGCAGAGAAGCUACCGAAGCUACCGUUGGUAAGUUUAAGAGACUCAUCUCUGUCCUUAAUCGAACUGGUCAUGCUCGUUUUCGGCGUGCUCCUACUCUUUCUCUCUCCUCUGACUCCUCCAACUCCUCUGACUCUCCUUCUCCUUCUACCUUCCAAUUCACCAAACCUUCUACUCCAACACCUACUCUUACUCCUACCCCUACUCCCACUCCCACUCCCACUCCACCACCUGUUUGUCAACUACAACAACAACAGCCAGAAAAACCCAUCCCCUUGAGGGCUAUUCGUCACCACCCUGUCACUCUAGAUUUCUCCAAACCUAAUCCUAACCCCAACCCGAAACAGUGUGGAUCGGUUUCGAAAUCGGCGUCGUUUAGCAUAUCAUCAUCGGCGAAUUCGUCAUCGUUUUUGUCUUCAAUUACCGGAGAAGAAACCGUGUCAAAUGGUAAGCAGUUCGGAAGCGGUGCUCGAUCUAUGUUUGUACCACCUUCAUCAUCUGGAAAGCCUCCACUUUCCACGUCAUCGUCCUCUCAUCAUAACAAGAGCUGCAAUCAUCAUCGCCACCAACACAAUGAAUUUUCCGAUGAUAUUUCCGGUAAAGCGUGCGGGUCAACUCGGUGUCACUGCUCGUCAAAGCGUAAAAAGUUGAGGGUCAAGAAGACAAUGAGAGUUCCGGCGAUCAGUGCUAAAACCGCGGAUAUUCCUUCCGAUGAUUACUCCUGGAGGAAAUACGGGCAGAAACCCAUCAAAGGAUCUCCUUACCCAAGGGGAUAUUACAAGUGCAGUACAGUAAGAGGAUGUCCGGCGAGGAAGCAUGUAGAAAGGGCAACAGAUGAUCCGACGAUGUUGAUUGUAACUUACGAAGGAGAACACCGUCAUUCUCCUGCACCCGCAACACAGGAUCACAACUUGCAAGUGGUCCCCACCACCGCUGCACCGGCAUGGUUUCAGCCUCAUCAUCACCCUAUUUUGACUUUGUCUGAUUGAUUAAAACUGUUGUAGUAGUGGGUGUGUAAAUUACUGCUAUGACCAAUGACUCAAUCAGGUUAGGUUCUGAGAUAGGCUUAGUAGUGUAGGGGUAAAAUGGGAAAAGGGCAAUGUGAGGGUAUCGAUGUAAAUUUGGUAAAAGACAAAAAAGAGAGACGUGAAAUGAGGAGUCUAUGUGGUGGGGUUAGGUUAGUAGGUGGAAAUUGGUCAAUUGAUUCUCAGUAAUUGUAAUUGUAAUGGUGGGGGAUGUUAUUAAAUGCUAAGUUUGACUUUUUUGUUCUCAUCUUCA